AUGCGCCAGUCGACCAACAACCCGGCCGUCCUCUCGCGCCUCGACGGCCAGAUCAAGGACGGCCGCCGCAACAUCGACUACUUCGAGUCCAAGCUGCGCGACCUCGACUUGCAGCGCACCACGUCGGGCGUCGACAACAUGAGUCUGCAGCCAGGCCGCUCCCCCACCAAUCCCCUGACCCCUCCGCCAAAGGACAACUGGGACGGCUACGCGCAGCAAGACCAGGGCGGCUAUGGCGGGCCUCAGAGCCAGUACAGCCAGCUCAGCGGCGGCGAAGCUCUGCAGCCUCCUCGCGCGCCUUUUGCCGCACCGCCGCCUGGCACAGCUAACAAACGCCCCAACUACAGCAAGCUGGGUAUAUGCCUUUGCCGCGCCCUCCCCCGCUAUGUGCGAUGCUAA